GCGUCUCGGUUGCCGUCCGGCUCCAGGCCCGCCGUUCCCGGCCCUCGCUUUCCCGGUCCAGCCGGUAGCGGCUCGAGCAUCAUGCUCUUCUACUCCUUUUUCAAGUCCCUCGUGGGCAAGGACGUGGUCGUGGAACUCAAGAAUGACCUGAGCAUCUGUGGAACCCUCCAUUCUGUGGAUCAGUAUCUCAACAUCAAACUAACUGACAUCAGUGUCACAGACCCUGAGAAAUAUCCUCACAUGUUAUCAGUGAAGAACUGCUUCAUCCGGGGCUCAGUGGUCCGCUAUGUGCAGUUGCCGGCAGAUGAGGUCGACACACAGUUGCUACAGGAUGCAGCAAGGAAGGAGGCCCUGCAGCAGAAACAGUGAUGGUUUCUUCUACUCCCUGCCCCUCUUCUGUUGGUGACCUUUAACCUCAAGUCCCAGCCAGGACCCCUCCCUCCCAUACUUGAGGUGUUUUGUUUUGUUUUUUAAUAGUGGAGCCUUUUUUUCCUAUUAUUAUUUCAGGGAUGAGUGGAUGAGAGGAAAUAAUAGUGGGGAGCAGCUCUCCUCUGUUGAGGAGUGGAGGAUAAGUAGGCUGGGGAACUGCAUAGCCUGCCUUGUCCUCAGCCCUGUCCUCCUCUCUCCUUCCCUGGAGUGGGAACAAUCUCCUAGAUUCUGGUGGAAAAAUCUCCUAGAUUUCUCCAGGGCACUGUGUGAUUCGUUUUGGGGAUGGAAGGAAUCUGUCCCGCAUCGGGAAUAAACUAUGAUGCACAUUUGA